CCAUUUUUGUACUUGUGCACUACUUAUGCAACAGUGCAACCAAACAUACUGAAAAUAUUAAUAAAUGCAGGGGGAAUAAAAGAAGAUUGUGAGUUUAUGACAUCUACAGUAAUUCAACAACAAACUGAACCCUACUGUAAAGUGUUCAUUGAUAUUUACUGCAUCAGGAGUCACAGUCUGGGAGUUAAUGACAUUCGGCUCCAAACCGUACAAUGGGAUUCCAGCCCGAGAGAUUGCAGAUAUCCUGGAGAAAGGAGAGCGUCUGCCGCAGCCCAACAUCUGCACCAUAGACGUCUACAUGAUCAUGGUCAAGUGUUGGAUGAUCGACGCUGACAGCAGGCCUCACUUUCGUGAGCUUGUGGUAGAGUUUUCCAAAAUGGCGCGAGAUCCAUCCCGAUACCUUGUCAUUCAGGGCGAUGAUCAUAUGUAUCAGCCGAGCCCAACGGAUUCCAGGUUUUUCCGCUCGUGGAUCAGCACUGAAGACAUGACCGGUGUGGUGGAUGCAGAGGAGUAUCUGCUGCCCAGCAAGAGAAUCUUCAGCCAGAGCCAGCAGACUGAGCCACAGCAUCACUGCUCCCCUGAUGACUAUACGAACGGUGAGAUGCUACGCUACAUUACAGACCCCACGCAGAAAGACCUCAUGCUGCCAGAGUACAUGAACCAAGACAUAACCACAAGCAAUACGAUAAACCCAAUCUACGAUGGUCCGUCCCACAAACAGACAGAGAACGGCUACAUAGACACAUACAGCUGCACUAAUAAACCCGAGGGCCCGGAGUACCUGAACACCUCCUGUGCGACUCUCCCGCGCUCCCCGUGUGCCAACCUGGAUAACCCAGACUACCAGCAGAGCUUCAUGCCCACAGACGGGCUCUUUCUGCCCACCGCUGAGAACCUGCACUACUUGGGGCUCAGCAACACCAUCCAGACUCCCAUACGCUAAAGAAACAGGAUUAAGAUAUGAAUUGCACUACUUGAACUUUUGAGAGUCACACAGUACGUUUACAUGGACAACAACAAUACAAUAUUCACUCAAUUAAGGCAAGAUUCCGUCUAAGAGUUUUUAAUUAUUUUAAUAUCAGUUAAAGUCAUACUUGAGGCAAACGUAAAUCGAAUUAAGAUACAGUUGAAGUCAGAAUUAUUAGCUCUUAGUACAUAAUAUUUUACAAGAUACUAGUAUUCAGCUUAAAGUGCCAUUUAAAA